CUCUUCUCUCCUCCCCCCUACCCUUUUCCUGCGAUAUUCUCCCUAGAUCAGGUAGCUGCAUCAGUCAGCUAGAGGAUUCCACUAUGUCUAACGCUGAGGACCUUUUGAGGGAUUUCGAAGAAGAUGAAGAUUUCGAAGGUGUGGAUGGCCUCGAGGAGGAACAAGAGCAGGAAGAUGAGGAGCAGAACGGUGACGAGGAACAGCUCGCUAACCCGGAGGUCUCAAACGAGUUCGAAGUCGCCCUAUCGACCGCGGAUGAACUCACACGUCUACACAAAAACCUCCGCGAUUACUACUCAAUCCGAUUUCCGGAACUAGAGAUUCUCGUGUCGAAUUCUAUUGACUACGCGAAGACGGUGGCUAUUCUCAAAAAUGGACCGCUCAACGAUAUCAAAGCGCUCUCGAACUCUGCAGAUAAUCUGGUCGGUGUGCCGUUGAAAUCUAUCUUGGAUGGCCCAUCGCUGAUGGCUGUUGCAAUGGAAGGCACAACAACGCGAGGCCGGGAGAUGACGGAGGCGGAGCUCAAGACCGUGCUAGAUACUUGUGAAAGGAUUCUGAAGUUGGAUCGGGAGCGCACCGCCCUUACUCAAAGUAUCCAGUCGCGCAUGAGCCAGAUUGCGCCUAACCUGGCGGCGCUGAUCGGACCAGAAACAGCCGCUCAGUUCUUGAACCAGACCGGUGGCCUGCGGGAGCUUGCAAAGAUCCCCGCGUGUAACUUGGCUGCGCAGGGUUCGAAGAGAAAGGAAGGUCUCGGCUUUGCUACGAACAUUGGUAUUAGAUCCCAGGGGUUUCUCUAUAACUCCUCGCUCAUACAGGAUAUUCCGAACGAUCUGAAACGGCAAGCGAUCCGGAUCGUUUCCGCUAAAAUGGUGCUUGCGACUCGAGCGGAUGUUUCAAACUAUAGCCCCGAUGGAUCCUUGGGCGAAGAACUAAAGCAGCAGUGUUACACCCGUUUAGAUAAACUUACUGAGCCUGCCCCCAAUGCCAAUACCAAGGCUCUCCCCGCCCCAGAUGACAAGCCGUCCAGAAAGAGAGGUGGUCGGAGGGCACGAAAGGCCAAGGAGGCGGUUGCGAUGACGGAGCUUCGCAAGGCACAGAAUCGUGUGGCGUUUGGCAAGGAAGAAGCCGAGGUUGGCUAUGGGACUGGUGAAGGGACUGUCGGGCUGGGCAUGAUCGGCCAACAGAAUGACGGGCGCAUUCGCGCCACCCAAAUCGAUCAAAGAACCAGGGCGAAGCUCAGCAAAUCCAAUAAGGGCUGGGGCGCCGCAACCCCAGUCAGCGGCACUGCUUCAUCCUUGCGCGGAUUUGGCCAAGGCACAAGCGGCACAGCAAGUGUGCUACAGGCAAAGGGUCUUCGAACUUCUGGUGUUGGAACUUCCUUCGGCGGCGCAGCUGGUACUGCAAGUACUAUCGCCUUCACUCCUGUGCAAGGUCUCGAACUCGUUGACCCUAAGGUGCAGGCCGAGCUAAGCCGCAAGCGCAAGGCAGAGGAAGACCGAUGGUUCAAGUCAGGCACAUUCACGCAAGUCGGGGGGCAGAGUUCGUCAAAUGCCUCGGAAGUGAACGGAGGAUUCAAAGUUCCCGCGCUGCCCAACAAGAAAGUUGACAUUGGUUCAGGCAAGAUGGGGCCUCCUCCUCCACCUACGCGGUAGUUAUUUUUCUCUCUUCUUCUUCUUCUUUUUCUUGUUCUGGUUCAAAUCCGGUUAUUGUGGGCAUUAAAACGGCGUUUUAAGAUAAGAUGAUCCUGGACCAGCAUGAUACCAUAAAAUAAUGUAUGAUACUCUUUUUUUUUUUUUUUAACUCUUAAGUUGGGCAAUCAACCAAUCCUUAGAUUUCAAUAAUUGCAAUCCAAGGUUCGGC